AUGGUCACUUUUUUUCCAAGACGUGUUUAUCAUUAUCAGCUUAAGGCCUCUUGGUUUCCAGGAAAUAUGUAUUCAGGACUUAAAGAUAUAAAAAGCCUUUUAAACAAUAUUGAUUUAGUGAUUGAAACAAGGGAUUCUCGUGUUCCUGUUUCUUCUCAAAAUAAAUUGGUAGAAGAAAUUAUUAAAAACAAAGAAAAAAUCAUCAUAUUUAAUAAACAUGAUUUAUCUGGAACUUAUUAUGAUAAGGUAUUUCAAGAUUUUUACAAGGACGGGAUUCUGUGUAGUUUAAAAAACCCAAAAUCAAUAAAAAAAAUACAUAAAAAUAUUAAAGUAAAGGCACUUGAAUUAAAUCAGGCUUCUGGAAUGAACAUAAUGGUUCUUGGAAUGCCUAAUGUUGGAAAAUCUACACUUUUAAAUUCAUUUCGCUGUAUAGGUAUGCUUUCAAAAAAUACUGGAAGAAAAACACGGAAAGUUGCAAAGACUGGCGCACAACCUGGUAUUACAAAAAAAGUAACACAAAAGAUUAAAAUUAUGGAAAACCCAUUAGUAUACUGUAUGGAUACUCCUGGUAUUAUGAUUCCCUCUAUAAAAGAUCCAAUUACUUUUAUAAAAUUAGCAUUAGUUGGUUCUAUAAAAGAUAAUAUUCUUGAUAACGUUAUUCUUGCUGACUAUUUAUUAUUUCGCCUUAAUCUAAUUGAUCCAAAGUUAUAUUUAAUUCCAUUUAAAAUGAGUCAACCUACAAAUAAUGUAGAGGAACUAUUAAACGCAAUUGCUAUAGGUACAGGUCGUCUUCAAAAAGGAGGAAUCCCUAAUAUUCAUGCAGCAGCAGCUUUUUUUAUCAAUAAAUACCGGUUAGGUAAUCUGGGAAAAUUCAUUUUAGAUGAUAUUCCAAAGAAAAAAUAA